AUGUGUGCAGUCCGUUGCGCCCUGGCCGUAGAAGACAUUGCAGGCACUUUCUUUGAAAGUAGUGCGACUUACAGUUGCGUCGAAGAGAGCGUUGACAAGUCAGACUGCACCACUGACAAGAACGACGUUGAAAACUGGGAUCAGGGCAGAGUCGCCAAAAAAUUGCCGAGCGGAUUGACAGAUUGGAAAGAGGGUAAGAAUUACAUUUCAUCCCAGACGGAAGAUUUUAGUGACUACCUUUGCCAGAAAUAUCGCAACGAACCUUUACCAGCAUUAGGUGCUCAAGAAAGCAAAGCAGUUGCCUUUGUUGAUGGGAAAAGAUGGAAUGAAAUUCAGGCCGAUAAAGAAGAAUCUCUUGAUGUGCAAAAAUUCAUCUGCCUGGAAACAACAGAGGAGAAGAUGCACUUCGUUGUAGACUCGCAUUCCAUGAGCGGUCGCUUCGGCACUCGAUUCUGCGCUUACAAGUGCACGCAGUCUGACAAAGUAGAUUGGUGCGAUCCCUCGCAGUUUGACGCCCAGCAGGACAAGAUGGCUACCUGGGCUGGCCCUUUCACCACGCUCAAACCGGAAGUAGGUGGUCUACCAGUUAAAACACUCGAAUAUUCUUACAAAUUAUUAGCAGACUAA